UCGUCAAUGGGAAGCGAGCGCGGCGGAGGAAAAGCGUAUUCUACCUAACUUCCAGUGGGCACGAUGGUUUCGACUUCAGUUCUGUGUUCAUGGACGAUAUUUUGCCUUCAUUUGUGUUGCUUUGUGAACACUGGAAUAGCACAGAAUUCGAGAGAAGUUCUCCUACUGGAUUCUAAGGCGCAACAAACAGACAUGGAAUGGAUUUCGUCUCCACCGAGUGGGUGGGAGGAGAUAAGUGGGUUGGAUGAGAACUACACCCCCAUCCGUACGUACCAAGUGUGCCAGGUCAUGGAGCCUAAUCAGAAUAACUGGCUUCGGACUAACUGGAUUGAGAAAGGGGAUGCCCAGAGGAUUUUUGUAGAACUGAAGUUCACCUUGAGGGAUUGUAACAGCCUACCUGGUGUGGUAGGGACUUGCAAGGAGACAUUCAACUUGUAUUACCAGGAAACGGACGCGGAGGCCGGGAGGAACAUACGCGAGAGUCAGUACGUGAAAAUCGACACUAUCGCCGCAGAUGAAAGCUUCACCCAGGGGGACCUGGGCGAGAGAAAGAUGAAGCUGAAUACCGAAGUGCGCAUAAUUGGGCCCCUGUCCCGUCGAGGUUUUUACCUGGCCUUCCAGGACGUCGGGGCCUGCAUUGCCCUGGUCUCUGUCAAAGUGUAUUACAAGAAGUGCUGGUCGAUCAUUGAGAAUUUGGCCACGUUCCCGGACACGGUCACCGGAUCAGAGUUUUCAUCCCUGGUCGAGGUAGAGGGUACGUGUGUCAGCGACGCGGAGGAGGAGGCGGACAAUUCUCCCAAGAUGCACUGCAGUGCCGAAGGAGAAUGGCUGGUGCCCAUUGGGAAAUGUAUAUGCAAAGCCGGAUUUCAUCAGAAGGGCGAUGCUUGCGAACCCUGUGGACGUGGCUUCUACAAGUCCUCGUCGCAGGACCUGCAGUGUUCGCGCUGCCCGGCGCACAGCUACAACGACAGGGAGGGUUCCGGCCGCUGCGACUGCGAGGAUGGAUACUACAGGGCUCCCACCGACCCGCCCUCAGUGGCCUGCACCCGGCCUCCCUCUGCGCCCCAGAACCUGGUGUACAACAUCAACCAGACCACGGUGACGCUGGAGUGGAACCCGCCGGCGGACGCGGGCGGGCGCAACGACGUGACGUACAGGAUUAUAUGCCGGCGCUGCAGCUGGGAGCCGGAGGAGUGCUCGCCGUGCAGCGGGAACGUGGCCUUCUCGCCGCAGCAGGCGGGACUGGCCGACACCUACGUCACCGUCAGCGAGCUGCUGGCCCACACCAACUACAGCUUCGAGGUGGAGGCCGUUAACGGCGUGUCCGACCUCAGCCGCCGCACCCAGAGGCUGUUCGCCGCCGUCAGCAUCACCACCAGCCAAGCAGCUCCGUCGCAGGUCAGCGAGGUCAGCAAGGAGAGUGUGCAGCAGCGCAGCAUCCAGCUCUCCUGGCAGGAGCCGCAGCAGCCCAACGGAGUCAUCACCGAGUACGAGAUCAAGUACUACGAAAAAGAUCAGAAGGAGCGCAUCUACUCUACCGUGAAGUCCAAGUCGACGUCGGCCACGGUGAACAACCUGAAGCCCAGCACGGCGUACGUGUUUCAGAUCCGGGCGUUCACGGCUGCCGGAUACGGCACCUUUGGGCCGCGGGUAGAGGUCACCACGAAAGAAGAGCCAGCAGCCACCAUCGUAUCGAGCGAGCAGAACCCGGUCAUCAUCAUUGCCGUGGUGGCGGUGGCCGGCACCAUCAUCCUGGUCUUCAUGGUCUUCGGCUUCAUCAUUGGGAGAAGGCAUUGUGGCUACAGCAAAGCUGACCAGGAGGGAGACGAGGAGCUCUACUUCCAAUUUAAAUUUCCAGGCACCAAAACGUACAUUGACCCCGAGACCUACGAGGACCCCAACAGAGCCGUCCAUCAGUUUGCCAAGGAGCUGGACGCAUCGUGCAUCAAGAUUGAGAGGGUGAUUGGAGCAGGGGAGUUUGGAGAGGUGUGCAGCGGACGCCUCAAGUUGCCGGGGAAACGCGACGCACCCGUGGCCAUUAAGACCCUGAAGGUGGGCUACACGGAGAAGCAGAGGAGGGACUUCCUGUGCGAAGCCAGCAUCAUGGGCCAGUUCGACCACCCCAACGUCGUGCACCUGGAGGGGGUGGUGACCAGAGGAAAGCCAGUCAUGAUUGUGAUUGAAUACAUGGAAAACGGCUCACUGGAUGGCUUCCUUAGGAAACACGACGGUCAGUUCACGGUCAUCCAGCUGGUCGGCAUGCUGAGGGGCAUCGCGGCGGGCAUGAGAUACCUCUCCGACAUGGGCUACGUCCACCGAGACCUGGCGGCGCGCAACAUCCUCGUCAACAGCAAUCUCGUGUGCAAAGUCUCGGACUUCGGCCUGUCAAGAGUGAUAGACGACGACCCCGAGGCUGUCUACACAACGGCGGGUGGGAAAAUUCCAGUUCGGUGGACAGCGACGGAGGCCAUCCAGUACCGUAAAUUCACGUCCGCCAGUGAUGUAUGGAGCUAUGGCAUCGUCAUGUGGGAGGUCAUGUCCUAUGGGGAGAGGCCGUACUGGGACAUGUCCAAUCAGGACGUUAUAAAGGCCAUCGAGGAGGGCUACCGCCUGCCUGCGCCCAUGGAUUGCCCCCCAGGCCUGCAUCAGCUAAUGCUGGACUGCUGGCAGAAGGACCGUGCCGAUCGACCCAAAUUCGAUCAGAUAGUUGGCAUCCUUGAUAAAAUGAUUCGCAACCCUAGUACUUUAAAGACUCCGAUGGGAACGUGUACAAGACCCAUCAGUCCCCUGCUAGAUCAGAGCACACCAGACUUCACCUCUUUCUGCUCGGUGGGCGAUUGGUUGGAGGCCAUCAAGAUGGAUAGAUACAGAGACAACUUCACUGCUGCCGGCUACUGCUCGCUAGAAUCCGUGGCAAGGAUGACGAUCGAGGAUGUGAUGAGCUUGGGGAUCACUUUAGUAGGCCAUCAGAAGAAGAUCAUGAGCAGCAUACAGACUAUGAGGGCACAGAUGCUGCACCUUCACGGCACUGGCAUACAGGUGUGAGGACAGCAACAAUGGCCACUGCCGGCACCACCACGACGUCACCUGCUCCAGGUGUGUGAUGACAAAAUGGCCGGCACCACCAUCUCACCUGAUACAGGUGUCCAAUGACAAAAUGGCUGGCACCUCCACUUCCCUUGGUACAGGUGUGUGACGGCAAAAUGGCCGCCACCACCACCACCACACCUCACCUUUUUACCUCCCGGACAGUUUGGGAGGGGCAUCAGGAGAGACACAGAGCCCCCAGAGCCCUCGCGCACUCAGGCACCACCGAGGAUAAUCAGUCAAUAAAGACAAAAAAACACUUUGCCUUUUUGUUUAGUUCAGAUUUUGUUUUUAUUUGGGUUUUUGUUUUGUUUUUGUUUUUGUUUUUGUUUUUGUUUUUUUGUUUUUUUUUCGUCGUCGACGUUGUCAUCGUCUUUCUCAUCAACCGGAUCUCUGGAAUGGGGAAAAAAGUUCCUUUGCACUUUGGCGAGGAAUUUUGCUAUCCCCGUCACUAAGAACAGGUGGUGCAGAGGAAAGGACACCCAGAUGGAAAGAGAGAGAGAGACAGUAGGCAUGGACAAGCGCAUAGCUCAGAGGGACUUGGAGGAAUUUAUCAAAAGGAGAUGAAGUCUAGUUUGAUGAUUUUUUAAAUACCUUGUUGCUUUAUCUUUUUCCAUGUUUGUAUUUGUGCGACAUCAAUACAAUUUUUGUUUGAACUAUGGAUUUAUGGUUACAGAAAAUACACAAGUACAUAUACAAAAAACAAAACAGAAAAAAAAUCUUAGCGAAGUUCAUAGAGAAAUGAAUAUCUUCUUUGUUGUUUUUUUCCACUUGGCACUCUGGUGUAGCGUGAUGUUAACAAUACAGCUUCAUUUGGCUUGAUAAUUUUAUUUUCCUUUUUCUCUUUGGAUAGACAACAGGGUAAAAAGGUCAUAGAUGGGUGUUCAAAGAUAAUAUGAAAUAACCCAUGUGCCAUGCACCGCGCUUUGUUGACUGAAGUUGUGAACCAUUAUUAUUUUACCUUUCAGAUCAAACACCACAGGAUUUGUUAAGACUCAGUGCAGAUUGGAUUGAAUGGCUUGGUUUGUUGCACAUGGUCCCCUUUUUAAGCACGGUUUUGCCCUGUCUGAAGUAAUUGCAAUACCAGUGCGUAAGUUCUUUAACUGUGAAAGCCCUGUGUCCAAGUAGCAAUAUCCAUUUUGAUGUUCACCACAUACAUAGUUAUUCCACUAUAUGGAGUGCAAAGUACUUAUCUCUUUUUUCCACUUGGAGGAAUGAAACAGUCAAAGUUUUCGAAAAAAUAGCACCACAUGAUUUUAUUUUUUCUAUUCAGUAUUUUGUGCUUGUUUUGAUUAUUAUUUGGCCGCUAUAAUACCUGAAAGCAAAAAAAAGAAUCGUUCCUGUGUGUUACAUUUGUGAAUCGUAUCUGAAGGUGAAUCGGUGAACGAGCUGAAGUAGUACUGCCUUAAUGUUCUAGUACAUGUACAAAAUGUUGACGUUUACUUGUCGAUAUUAGAGUGGCUGAGGUGUUUUGUCAGUCAGAAUGGGCUAGAGAGUCAUCUUUUCCCAGAGCGUGUUCUCGAACUUGACGAAUUGAAUCAAUUUCAGUGACAUUUUCAGUUAAGGAGAGUUAUCGAAGGACUUAAGCGUAGGACAGAGAAUGAUCAAAACAGCAAUAAUUUCGCCACUAUGAGCGUGACUCUCCCUUCAGGUGCUACGUAGGGUUUUUACAAUACUUAAGUGCUUGAAAGUUAAAAGUGGGAGCUGAAUCUCAGAUAACCUCUGCUUUGUGAAAGCAAAGGUGCUCGAAAGAAGUUAAACGAGUGGCUCUCCAGGAUAACAACAAAUCUUUGUUAGCAACAAGAGAAAGAACGAUGUAAUCAGUUCUGCCUUUUUUAUGAGUUAAAUUACAUGUCUUGUCGUUAUCCCACCCCCUAAGGAUAUCUCAGCUGAUGGCUGCUGUUCUUACUUUGGUGCUUGAGAACAUUUUUCAGCUCUUCAAUUCAAGAUUUGAAAUUGUCGAAGGAUUAGGAGAAGGGGGACGAAGAGAAUGAAAUUUGGAAAAUGAGGUGUGUUUUUUAUACAUCUUCAGCUGAUCAGCAGUCGUGCCGCCAUUUUCAUUAGCGGUUUAUCUCCGUUCUGUCCAGGCCUUUUUGUGCAAUGUUACCGUGCUAACAAUACAACUGUGGUAUGUGUAUUGUGAGAUUAUUUUUUGUUUCUUUUUUUGUUGUUGCUCAUCGGUGGAUAACAGGCUUUGAAAUUGUGUGCUGUCAACGGUUUUCGGUGCCAUCACAGUCUAUUGUGUAUACAACAAAUGAAUGUUUUUUGCUGAAUUUAGUGAUCAGCAAUUGUGGUCUCUCGACAAAUGGGUCAGCCAUUUCCUUACAUCCAGUGAAUGUUUAGUUGCGUCCAGUGAGCGUAGAUUCUCUGCGGAGAAGAUCGAUAAGCUCAGCACAGGUUUGCAUGCACAGUGUUAUUUAGAAUGCCACACAACUAGGAGGAAUCAUGCGACUUUCCCCUAAUGUCAUUUAUUGAGCAGUUCAGGGACAGCAGUGGUUGUGUCCCACUGCCUGCCCUGCCCUGCCCGGCCCCAAAGGUGACUCGAACCUGCAGGGUUUUCCAUCGACACUCUGAUAGUGUUGAUGACCUGCAAAGUGCCCUGCGGCCUCUUCAGUGCAGGUUUGAAACAGGAGCUUGUCAUUCUGCCCUCUCCACACCCUACUUUUUUCUCAUCCUGCCCCAUCCACACCCUGCCCCCCAAACCCCAUCAUACACCGUUCCGAAGGGGCUGCGUGUCAUGU